AUGGCUAAGCGAGUCUUGCAUGUCGUCACCAACGCCGCGCAUUACAACGAUCCAUCCCAUCCGACCGGCUUGUGGUUAUCCGAACUCACGCACGCUUGGCACGUUUUCGAAGAGCACGGUUAUGAGCAGACCAUCGUCAGCCCGGCAGGGGGUCUCUCUCCAAUAGAGCCCAAGUCGCUGAAAUUCCCCAACUACGAUAAGACUGCGAAAGCCUGGAGGGCCGAUCCGAGCCGAAUGUUGUUGCUGAAGAACACUGCUCGACCUAGCCAAAUUAACUCGGCUGAUUUCGACGCUAUUUAUUUCACUGGUGGGCAUGGGGUGAUGUUUGAUUUUCCCGACGAUGAGGGUCUGCAGCGGAUCACCCGGGAGAUCUUCGAACGGGGUGGUAUUGUCUCCUCUGUUUGCCACGGCUACUGCGGGCUGCUUAAUACCAAGCUCUCUGAUGGCUCGUACCUGGUAGCCGGACGUAACAUGACCGGUUUUGCCUGGCGGGAAGAGGUGCUUGCUCGUGUGAAUAAGCUUGUGCCCUACAACGCCGAAGAAGAGGUGAAGAAGCGUGGCGCGCACUAUAAAAAGGCCAAGCUGCCUUUUAUUUCUUACACCGUGGUGGACGCCAACCUGGUGACUGGGCAGAACCCAGGCUCGGCGAAAGAGACCGCGAUGAAGGUCGUCACCGCCCUCAGCCGGUCAUGA